GCAUGGGACCUCUUGUUUCAGGCCAUGAUGUUCGAGAUUUCAUUUUGAUGCUCGCUUUUAAGAUUCUUUUCUCUCUGUCAUGUGGAUUUGAAGUUGGAACUGCAUUUCUUCAUCUGUUUCUGGCAUCAAGAUUUCUCCUUUGGUCUCACAAAAAUGUUAAACUAGACCCCCAAUUCCUCGCUUCUUUUUUCCUCAUCGACCUUCUUUGUGUUCGAUCUCUCUAUCAUAGAAAAUGGCGGGAAAAGGAGGGAAGGGACUUUUGGCUGCAAAAACCACGACUGCUAACAAGGACAAAGAUAAGGAUAAGAAAAGGCCUGUUUCGAGGUCAUCCCGUGCCGGAAUCCAGUUCCUGUGGGUCGUAUCCAUAGACAGCUGAAACAAAGGAUCCAAGCGAAUGGGCGUGUUGGGGCAACAGCUGCAGUUUACUUGGCCUCCAUCUUGAAUACCUGACAGCUGAGGUUCUUGAGCUUGCUGGAAAUGCAAGCAAAGAUCUGAAAGUGAAGAGGAUCACACCCAGGCAUCUGCAGCUUGCUAUCAGAGGAGACGAGGAACUUGAUACCCUUAUUAAGGGCACCAUUGCUGGUGGGGGUGUCAUCCCUCAUAUUCACAAGUCCCUCAUCAACAAGACCUCCAAA